AUGAGAAUAAAUGUUCAAAAAAAUACAAUAGAUAUAUUUGAUAAGUUUUUCAAAUAUGAAAUACUACUUUCGACAACUAAUGAUAAAAAAAUAGUUGAAUUGAACUUGGAAAACAUUAAACAAGAAAUAUCUAAAGCAAAUAUUUAUAAUGAUGGUUCUAAAAUAGUACGUAAAAUUAUUAAGGAAAAACAAGAAAUUCCUAAUGUUGAAAUUUAUAAUGGCGAUUGUUUAAGUCAUGCAUUAGAUUUAAGACAAAAAGGAUACAAUCCAUUAGUGCUAAAUAUGGCCAAUGCUGAUCAUCCUGGUGGAGGUUAUAAAUAUGGUGCAAGAGCUCAGGAAGAAAAUUUAUUUCGUCGUACUAAUUUAUUUCAAUAUCUUGAACCAAGAAGAGAUGAUUGGUAUCCAAUUCCAAUAUUCGGUGGUAUUUAUUGUCCAAAUGCAACUGUAAUCAAAGCUAAUGAACAAGAAGGAUAUCAAUUAUUAGAAAUUCCAGAAACAAUGUCUUUUGUUACGGUUGCAGCAUUAUAUCAUGAUUCAAUUGUUUUGAGUGCAUUCGGUUGUGGAGCAUUCAGCAAUCCUCCAUCAACCAUUGCAAAAUUAUUUCAUGAAGUUAUCACGAAUGAGUAUUUUGGUAAUGGUGAAAAUUUACCACAAACUUAUAAACACAUUUCUUUUGCUAUAUUUGAUGAUGAUAACUCUAAACAAUGGACAAAUGAAGGAAAUUUUAAACCUUUUCAAAGAUUAUUUGGGAAAGGUUUGGUGAAAGAGGAAGAAGGCUUGAUGAAAAAGGAAGGAAGUUUAAUGAAAGAAGGUGAUGGAUUGGAGAAAGAAGAUGUAUUGGUAGUUAAAGAAGGAGGUGAAUGA